AUGCCGAAUUGGAACCCCGACGACCUCGUGGCGCCAGACUGGCUCAACAAUGGCGACAAUGCCUGGCAAUUGACCGCGGCCACCUUGGUCGGCUUGCAGUCUGUGCCCGGGCUGAUGAUCAUGUACGCCGGGUUGGUGAAGAAAAAAUGGGCCAUCAACGCCGCUUUUAUGGCGCUGUACGCCUUUGCCGCUGUCCUGAUCUGUUGGGUCGUCUGGGCGUACAAGGCCGGGUUCGGCAAGCAGAUGCUGCCCUUUGUCGGAGUUCCGGGCCCAGCAGUGCCAAUGAACUAUGAACUCAUCCAGGCCAACUUGCCCGCCGCCGGGCUGCAGGCAGCGUACCCGAUGAGCACGAUGGUAUACUUCCAAUUUGUCUUCGCGGCCAUCACAUUGGUCCUCAUCGCCGGCGCGGGACUGGCAAGAAUGAAUUUCCUCGCCUGGAUGGUCUUCGUGCCUUUGUGGCUCACUCUCAGCUAUGUCGUGGGCGCGUUCAGCAUCUGGGGAGGCGGCUUCCUGUACCAAAUGGGCGUGUUGGACUAUUCGGGAGGAUAUGUCAUCCACGUCUCGUCCGGCACCGCCGGCUUUGUCAUGGCCUACUGGGUGGGACCACGACACCCGCGCGAUCGCACCGAGUUCUACCCCAACAACGUCCUCCUUGCCCUGGCGGGAGUGGGGCUUCUCUGGCUCGGUUGGAACGGCUUCAACGGUGGUGAUCCGUACACGGCCUCGCCGGACGCGGGCGCCGCUGUGCUAAAUACCAACAUCUGCACGGCCAUGAGCAUGUUGACCUGGACUGGCCUGGAUUUGAUCUUCUUCAAGAAGCCAGCGGUCAUUGGCGCGGUGCAAGGCAUCAUUACGGGUCUUGUCGCCAUCACUCCGGCGGCAGGCUUCGUUGCUGGCUGGGGGGCAGUCAUCAUCGGGCUUUGCUCUGGGAUCAUUCCGUGGAUGUCGAUGAAUAUUCUCGGCAAGCAGAGAUGGUUCCUUGAAUUUAGCGAUGAUGUCGUCGGAGACUUUCACACCCAUCUGGUCGGUGGCGUUCUCGGCGGCUUUCUCACCGGCCUAUUCGCAACAAGUGAGGGAACGGCCGCAUUUGCUCUCGCUCCCACUGGAGGGGCCAUCGACGGAAAUGGCCGGCAAGUUUGGGUUCAGAUCGUCGGUUUCCUCUUCGUCAUUGGCUGGAACAUCUUCUGGACCAGUGCCAUCUGUUUGUUCAUCAAAUACGUCCUGAGGAUUCCUCUCCGGUACAGCGAAGAACAGUUGCUGAUCGGCGACGCCGAGGUCCACGGGGAGCUGCCAUACGCCUUCUUCCAUGACGGCCUGCACGAUUUCAACGCCUCCUAUGGCCAAAACGUCAAGGCCCGCGACGAGGAACAAGGCCGUGUGCUUGAGGGCCAGGACGCCGCGCAUGACAUCAGUAGUGAGGAGGGAGUCGCUGGCGGAAAUGGUGGAAGCGUCCCCAAAACAACCAAACAAGCAUGA